UGUUCCUCGAGUCUCGAGACUGGAACGAAGCGCACCAAAUGUCAAGAAGAGCGAAUGGUCGCUGACAUCGGCUUGUUAUUUAUUUGUUGUUCAGGAAGUGUUGCAUAUCACUUUUAUAUUUUUUUAAAAUACGGCUACAGUAUUUUUUGCAAUGAAUCAAAACAGCGAUGCAAUAUCAUCCCUGUUUUCUGAAGAUAACUACAUGCUCCCAGACGACGGAUCAGACGAAGAGAGCACCGACAGUCAGUCGAAAAGCACUCUACUUAGGGAGCAGGACCGUUUCCUACCCAUCUGCAAUAUCGUCAAGAUCAUGAAGAAAGCUAUUCCGGAGAACGGUAAAAUAGCGAAGGAUGCCCGCGAAUGCAUUCAGGAGUGCGUGUCGGAAUUCAUUUCGUUCAUAACUUCGGAAGCAAUCGACCGAAGCCACAGUGAGAACAGGAAAACAGUGAAUGGUGAUGAUAUUCUGCACGCUAUGCAAACUCUAGGAUUUGAUAAUUAUGUGGCACCGCUGACGAUGUAUUUGCAGAAAUAUCGAGAGUCAACGAAAUCAGAUCGAAAUUUGGUAUAUCCGGAUCCACUUUAUUAUGAGGAUUCUUCAAAUGAGUUUAGUAAAGAUGCAUCCAUCAUGCCUGGACCAACGUCGGACGACUCAAUCCAAUAUUAUCCACAAAAUUUUAAUUUGUAAUGUUUACAAAAAUAGUAUAAAGAAAUAUAAUAAUUAUUAUUUUUCA